CAAAAAUUAUAAAUAAAUAUAAUAAAUAAAUAAUUAUCACAGCUGAGCUGACGCACACACAAAUACUCUCACAGCUCACUUCCUUCAACCGAAACAUCAGAAAAAAAGUCGCAGUUUCUCUCUCUAAAACUUCCUCUGCCCAUUUCCCGAUGAUAACCGUAGCUCCGUCGUUUUAACCUUCAUGUGAUGGCGGAGCAACAAAACGAGGUCGUUUCGCAAACAUUCCGAGCACUCACGGAGAGCGCUGACCGGAAGUUCGCGCGCGUGCGGGACCUCCAGUCGUACGGACGGAAAGCGACGAACCACCACUACUUCCACAAAGUAUUCAAAGCGUACAUGAGGCUAUGGAAGUACCAGCAGGAGAACCGGGCGAAACUGGUCGACUCGGGGCUGAACCGGUGGGAGAUAGGAGAGAUCGCGAGCCGGAUCGGACAGCUGUACUUUAAUCAGUAUAUGAGGACGAGUGAGGCGCGGUUUUUAGUGGAGGCGUAUGUGUUUUAUGAAGCGAUUUUGAAUCGGAGAUAUUUUGGAGAGAGUGGAGGAAAAAUGAAGGGUAAAGAUGUUGGUGUUAGGUUUAAAGAGUUGAGGUUUUAUGCGAGGUUUUUGCUUGUUGCCUUGAUUUUGAACAAGUUUGAUAUGGUUCAUUUGCUUGUCGAUAAAUUUCGAGCUCUUGUCGAUGAUUGCAAGUCUAAUUUCAAGGAAACAAACUUCAAAGAGUGGAAGCUAGUUUUGCAAGAAAUCACUCGCUUUAUGGAAGUUGACAAUGUAUUUGAAAAUGCCAGGCCGUUGCGCUAUUCUGUUUUGUUUGAUGUGCAUCCAACUUCUCAUCCAUUUGUGGCUCGUUUCCAUGCAAGAAAGAUUCUAAAAUUUAAAGAUGCAAUCCUUACAAGCUAUCAUAGGAAUGAGGUUAAAUUUGCAGAACUUACUUUGGACAAUUAUAGAAUGAUGCAAUGUUUGGAAUGGGAGCCAAGUGGUUCUUUCUACCAAAAGCGUCCAAUUGAACUGGUCUAUCAAAAGCGUCCGGAUGAAUCAUAUGCAAAUGGCUCUGCAGCUGAUCAUUCCGAAGCUUCUGGAUUGAUAGAUAUAAACUUGGCUGCAGAUUUGACUGAUCCAAGUUUACCUCCAAAUCCCAGGAAAGCUGUUCUUUAUCGUCCUUCAGCAACACAUUUGCUAGCGGUUUUGGCAACAAUCUGUGAGGAGCUCCCUCCUGAAAGCGUUAUGCUUAUUUAUCUAUCGGCCUCAGGUAAUUCUUGUCAAAGUUACAUUUCUCAGACUGAUAGCUCUGGAGGAUCAAGGAAGUCCUCGAAAAACAAAGUUGUUUCAGGAACAUCUAGCGAACAAAAUAGUUCUGCUUCCGACAUUCAUUCUAAUGGCAAGCGAGAUUCAAAUGAUUAUCAUGACAACUAUCUGUGGUUAGGUCCCAGGGGAACUGGUGGUUCAAAUGCUCUUUACCCUGGAGAUUUAAUCCCUUUUACUAGAAAACCGCUUUUCUUGAUCAUUGACAGUGACAGCAGCCAUGCAUUCAAGAUGUUGCAUGGCGCGGAGAGGGGAGAGCCAAUUGCCUUGCUACUUUCACCUUUGAAGCCAGCAUUCAAGAAUUUAUCUGGGGUUGAUAGAAUGCACAGUGGAAGUCAGUUCACAUUUUUCUUAGCUGCUCCUCUCCAAGCAUUUUGCCAGAUGGUUGGCCUCACAUCUGCUGAUACUGAUGCAGAUGAUUAUACUUAUGCCGAGGGGAUCCUGGCCAAUGUCUUUGCGGAGUGGGAGGUUAUUCUUUGUAGAUUAACCAAUCUGGACCUGGUUUGGGCACAAGUUUUAUCUGAUCCAUUUCUGCGGCGACUUAUUUUGAGAUUUGUAUUCUGCCGAUCUGUUCUGUCUUUAUUCUGUAAAUCAAAAGAUUCCGAGCAAUAUUUGCCUGUUUGCUUGCCCCAUCUUCCGAACUCUGUCUCUCCAAGUGCUCAAGUUGUGCAGUCAGCUGUCAUCCGACUUGCAAAUCAUCUAAAGGUUGCCGAUUUUUUUCACUUUGAUGAUUCAUAAUCAGAGAGUUGCAAAGAGUUGAAAAGAAAUUACAGGAAUGUAAUUGCAGGCUAGGCAUUGAAAGUUCUAUUCGUUUGAUGACAUACAUAAACUCUUCAAAUUUAGCCAGUAGUUGGCUUUCAUAAGGAGAAAUACAACCGGCGGUGCCGGUGAUGAAGAUUAAGCCGGCAAAGUAGAGAAACAUUACGUCAGGUGUGGUUGCUUCCGCUUGUUUUACCACGUAUGAUCAACCAGGCCAAUUUUUUUAGUGUGUUUGCUGAAAUUAAAUUGUCGGUUUUCGUGAUGGUUAUAGACAAAUGCUUGAUGAUCUGCAGGUGUGUAAGUAUAGUUAAUUCUUUAGAUGGUGAUUAGUGUGUAAAUUAAAUUGUAUUGUAAUGUUUGUAAGAAGAGCUGUUGUUAAGCAGAGGUAGUUUUUUUCCACUUUUUUUUGUAUAACAUCAGGUUAGCCGAAAUGGGGUUGUUUUUUGGUCAUUUAUAUAGUGAGAAUUAUUUCAGAUGCUGUUGGAGAAGCAGAUGUAAAUGAGUACUAUGACAUGGGGAACACUUUCAAAAAGCUGUACUGGUUUCGAGGUUAAUUUUCCACUAUUUAUCA